GAAGGAGCCGAGGCAGCUGGCAGUCAGGAACCAUUUUAUUUCUGAUCUUCGGCGAGAUUUGCACAAUGACUGCGUGGGUUGGAGUUCUCGCUGUACUGGUGCUGUGUCUCCGCAGUACCAUCGCGGAUGUUGUCCUGACACAACCAACAUCCAUCUCAACCUCCCCGGGGGAAAAUGUCAAGAUCACCUGUACCAUGUCCGGAGACAGCAUUAGCAGCUACUACACGAGCUGGUACUGGCAGAAACCCGGCAGAGCCCCCGUGCUUAUUUGGAGUGAGUAUAGCGGUAAAGCUUCGGGUAUCCCCGAUCGAUUCAUGGGGUCUGUGGACUCAUCGAGCAACAAGAUGCAUCUAACCAUCACAAAAGUACAAGCUGAGGAUGCCGCUGAUUAUUACUGUUUUAUACCUAAUAUCUUUGGUAAAGGAACCAAGCUGAAUCUGGGCAAUCCACAGCCUCCCUCGGUCUCCGUCCUCCCGCCUUCAUCGGAUCAAAUCACGGCGAAGAACACGGCGACCCUGGUGUGUUUGGUGAGCGGUUUUAAGCCGGGAGCUGUGGAGGUUGAAUGGACUGUAGAUGGCAGUGUCAGAGGCAAUGGGGUUGAGACCAGUCGGAUCCAGCAGGAGGCGGACAACACGUUCAGUGUGAGCAGCUAUCUGACUCUGUCAGCCUCAGACUGGAACUCACACGAGCUUUACUCCUGUCUGGUUAAACACGAGACUCAGGCCACCCCUCUUCAAACAAGCAUUGCGAGAUCCAGUUGUAUCUGAUUCAAGAUUCAUUUGCAUUGACUUGUUAUACUGUUAGUUAAAAUGCUUUUAAAAAAGAGUCCGUCCUUAGAUAUUACAUGUUUGAUUUUAAGAGGAACAUUUCAAAUCACAGCAGAUGUUCACUUUGGAUCCCAAGGACUCAAUCUUACCGCGUGUUCACCAUGAACUGAGCUUCAAUGUAACAUUACAAAUACCGCAGUGUAAUAAAUUUAUUCCUGUAUUAUA